GGUGACCCACAGUGACUCGGCCGCCGCGCCGGGGGGUGGGGGGGGCUGUGCGGAACUCUUUUCUUUCAGACUGACCGCGGGGCAGCUUGGAGCAUGUCGACCCCGGCCAGAAGGAGGCUCAUGCGGGAUUUCAAGCGGUUGCAAGAGGACCCACCUGUGGGUGUUAGUGGCGCACCAUCUGAAAACAACAUCAUGCAGUGGAACGCAGUUAUAUUUGGACCAGAAGGGACACCUUUUGAAGAUGGUACUUUUAAACUAGUAAUAGAAUUUUCUGAAGAAUAUCCAAAUAAACCACCAACUGUUAGGUUUUUAUCCAAAAUGUUUCAUCCAAAUGUGUAUGCUGAUGGUAGCAUAUGUUUAGAUAUCCUUCAGAACCGAUGGAGUCCAACAUAUGAUGUAUCUUCUAUCUUAACAUCAAUUCAGUCUCUCCUGGAUGAACCAAAUCCAAACAGUCCAGCCAACAGCCAGGCAGCACAGCUUUAUCAGGAAAACAAACGAGAAUAUGAGAAAAGAGUUUCGGCAAUUGUUGAACAAAGCUGGAAUGAUUCAUAAUAGACAACUGGUCUGUUAAUCUUUUUCAUCAUUGUUGUGUAUAAUUUACCUCUCAGUAGAAAGGCUAACAAAUUUUAAGUGCCACAGGUUUUAAGGAUUCUGCAAAAAAAAAAAAAAAGUCCUUCAGUUUAGAACCUACAAAAGCUUGUGUAUCUUGAUUAAUGUACUUUUUAUUGCAUGGUGUGAACUAAGUUAUUGCUACAUAAAUUUGUAAUAUAUCCUGUUUGUAUUUUUUUCCAAGUGUAUAAUGUUGGUGUGGAGUUUUCAUGACAGAAUAUACACAUUUUGUAAAUCUGUACUUUUUUCAAAUAUUGAAUGCCUUAUUUUUGAAUUCUUUAGAUUUUUAAAUUGGAGAAAAGCACUUAAAGUUUUUUAUAUAUGAAUAUUACAUGUAAAGCUGUUAAAAUACAUAACUUCAGUGCAAGAGACUUUGUCACUUAUUUCCUUAUCUGUGUAGGAUGGGUUAAUAAGUCUCUAGCUCUCCACAAUUGAUAGUUUCAUUUCCAAGUUCAAGAGAACAGAUUUAUAUUUUAUCAAGAAAUUCUUCAAAUUUGAUUCUAAACACCAAUUAUAAUUUCAUAUUUUAUUUUGAAUGUACCUAGAUUAGUUUUAAUUGCAUAACUGGCUUGAUUCUGUCUAGUUCUGUAUUUAGGCCACUUGUUACGGUUUCUUCAUGCACUACUUAUGUUACUGUACCUUUUGCAGUUAGCACCUCUACCAUGAACGGAGAGCUGAUGCAACUUAUUCUGCUACUUGAAAGCAUCUUUAAAAGGUUUUUGAUUGAUGAAGAAAGUCUAUAAACAUUUUCCAAAAAUUCAUGCCCCACAAUUAACAAUGAAUAAGAAUUGAUUGCAUUAGUUGGAGCAAGGCAGGUGUUUGCAAGGAAUCUUGGUAUAAUUUAAACAUUUAAAAACUGCCUUUUAAUACAGUUGCAUAUCUGUUUAUUCUGGGGAAUGUUUACCACCACGGCCUGCUGAGUUGCUUUCUCUUGUGGAGAUUUUUUUUGUUUUAAUCUCCUAAAUUGUAUAAAAGUUGUACUGAACUUAGUUUAUUGGAUAAAUUUAAAACACAGUAUUGUAGAAAGCUGAGACGAAGCUGUCUUAUGUGUUCAAAAAGUAUAGAAAAUGGAAAAUAUGCUAGUAAUUUUUGUUGAGCCACUCGUGUAGUCUUUCUGCUAGUUAAAACAGCUUUUUUAAAUAUUAAAACCCCAAGACUUUCUUGUCUUAUCAGUAGUAGCUCACAGAAGGGGAGUAAGCUAGCAGGUUUUUCUCUAUUGGAGUACUGGGUUACAGGAUGGUAAUGUCUGCAACUUCUAUUCAUUAAGCCAAGUGUAAUACUAAAAUGGAUAAGUGCUGAUCUUUCAUUCAAAGGGUAGUUUACUGACUGGAAUCAUGGGGGAAAAAAAGAUGUUUUGUUUAAAGGUACUUUUUGGCUAUAUUAAAUGUGUGAUGCUUUUAUAGUUCAGCUCUACAACAAAUUAGUUUCUAUAGACAUUUACCCCAGUGACUGACUCUUAGAUUAAAUAUGCAGUAUCUGUGAGGACUCUCCUCUUAUUUCAUUAAAUGCCAUUUGGAUACUGCUUCAAAAUCCAUUUUUAUCCUUAACCUAUUUUUCAUUUCCAUAUUUAAAACUGGAACGUGUCAGGUAUUGAUAGAUAACUAGAAGGGAAUUACAUUUUGCUUUGUGGAAAGGUCAGCGACUAACAUAUGUAGCAACAGUCAUACCUACUUCAUGUUUCCCAUGGAAAAAAUCCUUAGGAUUGUUCCAUCUCUCAAAAAUUCCAGUUUUUUCUUCAGCCUUGGAACAGAUUCCCAUUUCUUUGGUUGAGUACCUGAUAAAAACCUUCAAUUCAUAAGAUUACAUCAUACGAAAAAUACCUACCUUUAAACACCAAGUUAACGUGUGAUGUGGCAAGAGGCUAAAACAGAUAUUUAUUUUUGGUAUGAGGUUGUACUGUUCAAUUUGUUCAAGUUUAAAUGCAUGUGUGAUGUAAUUCCUCUAAUAGCUCCAACAGACAGCACUCUGUCCCAGGCACUGUUCUAAGCACAUAAUAUGUAUUAUUUCAACCUCAAUAACCCUAUGAGAUACAGGUACUGUUAUAUUUCAUUUGUGAGAAAACUAGGUACAAAGUUACUAACUUACUUGCCCAAGGUCAGCCAGCUAAGUGACAGAGCUGGGGUCUGAAUCCAGGUGGUCUGGUCUUUUAACCUGUAAAAAUAGCAACGCAGAUGUCCCAUCUCCUCAAACUUUGUGAGGGAGGAGAUCAAGAUCAGCAUCAGCUCAUGGCUGAUUUCCUGUGAGGUGGAGGUCAGGCAUAUGCACUCUGUACUUCUCUGCUGAGUUCAAUUAUUUGUUGCAGUGGCUGCACAGAACUCAUAGAUAAUACAAUUAUGGGGCUUAUUAGGGAAGUAACAGGUUACAUACAGUUCACAAUCAAGAAUGACUCAGGAUGUAGUUCUUUGGUUGGGAUGGAUUGUCAGCCGUGCCGGCAGGCAGGCCUCCCUCUGGCUCUUGGCCUCACUUCUACCCUGCUUGGGCAAGUAUUACAAAGCUCUUUAGGGCUGCCAGUAAGUGCCCAGAGGCACCCUACUCUGUCAGGAAGCCUCCUGCCGGAAGGUGCUCAACCUCUCACUCUGGGUCAGCACACCCACUGUAGCCUCCUAGCUCCAUGAGCCAGAAAGUCCAUGGUCUCAUGCUCGUCUCUUCACUCUGGUGCCGUCAUUUCUCUGCUGACUCUUCUCGCGAUCUCCAGUGUUACAGCUCUUUAGCUCUGCCUUCAGGUUCUAGGAAGUUCUCAGCAUAGGGACCCCGAGUCCAAAGGAUGCAGUCUACUCCUGGCUCUUGGUGAUAGUAAGGUCCCCCCUUUCCACCUCUGGAAUGGCUCGUUUUAAGGCUAGUGGGGUGGCAAAACCGAUCAGUCUCUUCAGUGGGCUUCCAUACACCUUGUUUACAUGGCCCCACCCCCACAAGGGCGCCAUGCACCUUAUUUGCAUUACUAGCAAGCUGUCCAAUCCCCUUGGUGGGCCACAAGCACUUUAUUUGCAUAAUUCCACAUAAUCAUUUGGUAGGUAUUAACAAGAACAUGAUGAAAAAGGCUAUAUACACUAUUUAUCACACCACAUAACCAGUAACUGUACUGUCCUUUAAGAGAUAUUAAAGGAUUGAGUUUAGUUUGGGAAAUGCUACUGAACCUUAAUAAAUAUUCAUCCCAAUUUGUGAAAAUUCUUUAGUUGAUUUAGAGUCACAUACAGACUUGGGUCUAUCCAAUGAAAAGGUUGGAGCACCAUUUUCCACCUCGUUUUAAAAAUGUAAACAAAGUUUGUAUAUAGGAGCCCUUUGGUCUUUGAUAUAUAGGACCGUGACUUAUUUUUUUCCCCUUUUUGCAAAUAUUCUUGAGUAUGUGGAAACCCACCCUCCCAAACUAGCCAAAAAAAAAAAAAUUCCA